CUUUGAGGAUAGAACACGAGGAACCAGAAAUAAAACACGAGGAACAAGGAGCCAACAUCUAUAGCAGCCGAAGCAAGCUCCGCAGGCGGCCCAAGCAGCUAUCUCUCCUCCGCUCCGCUUCCCAUGCUCCCCUUUACUUCUCUGUUCUCUGCAUCUCCCCACUGCCGAAGCAGUGUCUGCUCCCGCAGGAGACUUUUCUGUAUCUCCUCACUGCCUCACAUCACCUCCGCUUGAAAGAGUUCAUUGAAGAAAAAGAGGAAAAUCAAGAAUCAAGUGAAGUUGAGGAGAAUCAGAAUCAUGUUAAAACUGGUGGAAAACCUUGGAGUUGCUGUCAAACCAAACAAAAAGAUUCAAAGAAAAAAAGAGUUAACAAAUCUUUCACCUGCAAUCAGUGUGGAAAGAGUUUCACAUGUAAAUCAAAUCUUAAGUGUCACAUGACAGUUCAUACUGGAGAGAAACCACUCACCUGUGACCAACGUGGGAACAGUUUCACACAAUCAUCAGACCUUCAGGAUCACAUGAACAUCCACACUGGAGAGAAGCAGCACGCAUGUGAUCAGUGCGGUAAAAUCUUUUUAUGGGCUUCACUUCUGAAGAAACACUUGAAAGUUCAUGCAAAGAAGCAGCCACAUUCAUGUCAUUUGUGUGGUAAGAGUUUUUUGCAUCUACAAAGUUUGAAAGAACAUCAGGGCAUACAUAAUGGUGUGAGAGAGUACAUGUGCUGUGGGUGUGUAAAGACUUUUAAUUCAGCAAGCAGUUUAAAACUGCAUGAGAGGAUUCACACUGGAGAAAAACCUUACAAGUGUUCACACUGUGACAAGAGAUUCAGUCAAUCAUCAAAUCUGAAAAAACAUGAGAGGAUCCACACUGGAGAAAAACUGUACAAGUGUUUACACUGUGACAAGAGAUUCAAUCAGACAACAGAUCUGAAAAACCAUGAGAGGAUUCACACUGGAGAGAAACCUUACAAGUGUUCACACUGUGACAAGAGAUUCAGUGUGUCAUCAGUUCUGAAAAUACAUGAGGUGAUCCACACUGGAGAGAAACCUUAUGAGUGUUCACACUGUGACAAGAGAUUCAGUGUGUCAUCACAUUUGAAGACACACAACAGGAUCCACACUGGAGAGAAACCUUAUAAGUGUUCACAUUGUGACAAGAGAUUCAGUGUGUCAUCAAGUCUGAAAAGACAUGAGAUGAUCCACACUGGAGAGAAACCUUACACGUGUUCACACUGUGACAAGAGAUUCAGUGAUUUAUCAAGUCUGAAAAAACAUGAGAGGAUCCACACUGGAGAGAAACCUUACAUGUGUUCACACUGUGAUAAGAGAUUCAGUGAUUUAUCAAGUCUGAAAAAACAUAAGAGGAUUCACACUGUAGAGAAACCUUAUAUGUGUUCACACUGUGACAAACGGUUCAGUCAGACAAGAGAUCUGAAAACACAUGAGAGGAUUCACACUGGGGAAAAACCUUACAUGUGUUCACACUGUGACAAGAGAUUCAGUAAUUUAUCAAGUCUGAAAACACAUGAGAGGAUCCACAAUGGAGAGAAACCUUACAAGUGUUCAAACUGUGACAAGAGAUUCAGUCAGACAACAGAUCUGAAAACACAUGAGAGGAUUCACACUGGGGAAAAACCUUACAAGUGUUCACACUGUGAUAAGGGAUUCAGUCAAUCAUCAAAUCUGAAAACACAUGAGAGGAUUCACACUGGAGAGAAACCUUACAAUUGUUCACACUGUGACAAGAGAUUCAGUCAGACAACUGAUCUGAAAAACCAUGAGAGGAUUCACACUGGAGAGAAACCUUAUAAGUGUUCACAUUGUGACAAGAGAUUCAGGUGGUCAACACAUUUGAAAACACAUGAGAGGAUUCACACUGGAGAGAAACCUUACAAGUGUUCACACUGUGAUAAGGGAUUCAGUGCCUCAUCGAGUCUGAAAACACAUAAGAGGAUCCACACUGGAGAGAAACCUUACAAGUGUUCACACUGUGACAAGAGAUUCAGUCAAACAGGAGAUCUGAAAACACAUGAGAGGAUUCACACUGGAGAGAAACCUUACAAGUGUUCACACUGUGACAAGAGAUUCAGUCAAACAGGAGAUCUGAAAACACAUGAGAGGAUUCACACUGGAGAGAAACCUUACAAGUGUUCACACUGUGACAAGAGAUUCAGUGUGUUAUCGAGUCUGAAAACACAUAAGAGGAUCCACAAUGGAGAGAAACCUUAUAAGUGUUCACACUGUGACAAGAGAUUCAGUGUGUCAUCAAUUCUGAAAAAACAUGAGGUGAUUCACACUGGAGAGAAACCUUACAAGUGUUCACACUGUGACAAGAGAUUUAGUCACUCAGCCAAUCUGAAAACACAUGAGAGGAUUCACACUGGAGAGAAACCUUACAAGUGUUCACACUGUGACAAGAGAUUCAGUGUGUCAUCGAGUAUGAAAACACAUGAGAGGAUCCACAAUGGAGAGAAACCUUAAGUGUUCACACUGUGACAAGAGAUUCAGUGGUUCAUCGAGUCUGAAAAGACAUGAGAGGAUUCACAAUGGCGAGAAAGCACAUCACCGCAAUGACACAUAGAGACUCAUUUAGCUGUAUAUGUAAAUAUUUUGUAUGGUAUAUGCGUUUCGUCCAGAAGGAUCCGGAAUUCGGGAGAGUUAAAAUGUUAUAUAAUUUUUUUUAAAACCAGGUCCCAGAGUGAAUUAACCUGAAAAUGACAAAAUGAUAAUUUUUCUCAGCGAUGUAUAUUGCGAUUUAAAAAAAAAAAAAAAAAAAAAAAAACAUCAGGGCCCGGUUCCCCAAAACUUUCUUAUCGCUAAGUAGUUCUCAACCUAUUCCUUAACCUCUCUCUUAACAUUAUGCCAUGAUUCCCAACAUGUUUGUACACUAAGUAUAUCUUCUGUAAGUCACACAUUCGCAAGGUUGGUCUGGACCAUUCUUAAGCUCUCUCUUAGCGUUGUUUGAGCUCAGGACGCUAGUCGCUGCCACUGUGCAGCAGUCUUUAGAAAUCAGUGCAGCGCAGUACAAGUCAGACUAUGGUAUGUUGACAAUGUUGUGGCUCAACAAAGAUUUUAUCUUAUGGACAUUUUAAGACUAAUAAUAAAAUAUGUUUUUAUGAAGUUGGCUUUUAUGUGGUAUCACAACUAAUAUGGUGGUAAUUAGCCUAGACUAUUUCAUAAAGUCAUUAAAGCAUUUAAAUUGGCGAUCACUUUUGAUAAUUUAAAAUCUGGCAAACAAUUUGGCUCUAAAUGGCUAAGAUCUAUAAAUGGGCAAGCAUGGUUGUGUCCAGUAGGCGACCAACUAUGGCAGCGAUCCAACAUGUCCUUGAUCCAAGAUUACUUGGCUAGGUCAAUUAAUGAAGCAGUUAGGAUAUUUUAAGGGCUUCUGCUCAUCUUGGACACCAUCUUGAAAAUCACACCUUUCUAGUGGUCAAACUUUGGUAAACUUUUUGUAUGUUAUUAAGUACAUCUAAUAUCUGUUAGCUUGAAACAGUCCUGACCAUCAGUUAUUAAUCAAAUGUAUCAUAUUCUUGUUAUAGGAAUCAUGUCCAAAAUUAGACCCUGCAAGAGCUGGAAAAUUCGGACCACGUGCUUGAUAAGAUUACAUGAUUUAUGAUACCCCGAGCAAAGACAAUAUCUAAUUGGUCAAGACAACAUUUGAGGUGUGGCCAAAAGGCCAGUUUAAAUGCUCAGAAAUGCUCACCAUCAAAUCCUGCGUUUAGCUUUUAGCUUGCAUUUAGCUUUUGCUAUCAGUCAUGCCGGCUUUUAGCUUGUAGUUUUGAGGAUUAAAUUUGAGGGUUAAUUAAGUGAUUGAUGGCUGUUCAUGUCUAUGCAAUUUCACGUGUUGCUGCAAACUUGGGAUUGCACAUUUUCGUUCUCUUAAACUCAUUCUUCCCUAACUUUCUAUCUUCCUGCAACUUUUAUGAAUGUGUGAGUGCAUGUGCUUGUGUGUUAGAAUAGUUUAUAUGUCUUAUAUUAUCUAAUAAAGCCUU